AUCUUCUUUCACGACGUGGUGGAACUCACACAUGAGCUGUUCCCCAUCGUGGAGGCCAUGCAAAAGCAUUUCAGCGCCGGAUCCGGAGCUUACUACAGUGACUCCAUCUUUUUCUUGUCUGUGGCGAUGCAUCACAUCAUGCCUGAAAGUCUGACCCGUAUCGUGCAGCUCGACCUGGACCUUAAAUACAGGACCAACAUCAGGGACCUUUUCCAAGAAUUUGACAGAUUCCCUCCUGGAGCAGUAAUGGGCAUCGCCAGAGAGAUGCAGCCAGUGUACAGACACACCUUCUGGCAGUAUCGUAAGGAGAACCCAAACACCAGAGUAGGUGAACCUCCUCCUGACGGCCUUCCGGGCUUCAACAGCGGCGUCAUGUUACUGGACCUGAGUUCCAUGAGGGCGUCGGCGCUCUACAACCAGCUGCUGAAGCCCGACAACGUGGCCAAACUAGCRGACCAGUAUCGCUUCAGAGGCCACCUGGGCGACCAGGACUUCUUCACCAUGAUCGGCAUGGAGCACCCGGAGCUGUUUCACUCCCUGGCCUGUGGCUGGAACCGGCAGCUGUGCACCUGGUGGAGGGACCACGGAUAUGGAGAUGUGUUCCAGUUGUAUUAUCGCUGCGACGGACCUGUUUACAUCUACCACGGGAACUGUAAUUCCCCCAUACCAGACGACUGACCUCACACUGGUAAAGGACAUCUACAGGGUAGUUCAGGAGAAUUAUUUCCUGCUUUGGUUUUGGGAAUUAGAACUGGAUUUUAUUGGCUGCUGACCUUCAGGACCACAGAACCACCUGUCACAAAUCUCACCCCCUGCUGGCCAAGGGGUCCAGGCUGGUCCUACUGUUUCAUGAUCUUUUAAAAGGAGGAACAUGCAUCUUUGAUUUGAUUGGCCGGUGAUAGAAAAAAACAUUUUAUACCCACUUAAACUUGGUCCUGAGAUGGUGCUAGAUAGUUCAGAACUAAUUAAGAGUUUCCAGCCUCAGAACCAGCACCUGAGAUUUUGAGUUUUCUGUGUCAGUGCUACUUUUAUAUAAUGAGGCCAGGAUGUAAGUAUAAACACAACCUAAGUCGUUUAUCACUGAUUUUUGUUCAUACGUUAAAUUAUUUAAAUAAAUGUUGCUUUAAAAGCCAAAUAAAUGAAAAAUAAAUAAAUUAAACUUUUAACCCAAAAGAAAUGUUUACAAAAGUUCAAAUUAAUAGCAAUAAAAUUAUUGAAUGUAUUAACUGACA